AUGCAUCAAUUAAGAAUGAUAAUACCGAGGCUACGGCCAAAUCAAUUGGCUUCUCUCACCCGCCAAGCAACACCUCUUCAAUCCUCAGCCCUUCCCCGACACUUUCGCCGCUCACUUCAAAAAUCUCUACAAGCUCAAGUGAGAUGCUACGCCAAACCAACAGCCAAGAAGCCCAUCAAGAUAGAAGAUGAGCUUAAGCGACAAGCUAGAGCUGUUUCGAAAGAUGGCAAGGAAUUUGAACUCCCCGAGAAACUCAUCAUAUAUCAUGCUGGCACAGGCCGCAUCACGUUCAUGGCCAUGCUCAAAAUCACAACGCUCUUCAUCGGCGCAUUCUUCUGCUGUAUCGUAGCACCGAGCUACAUCAAAGCUGAAAAGCCCGAGCUACUCACCGCAGGCGUCGUCCUAUGCGGCAUCAUCCCCGUCAUAUUCGUCACCUACAUAACCUCCCCCUUCGUAACACAUAUCCACGUUCACCUCCCCCCUUACGCCCGAACAUCACGCCCCAUCCUAGAGCGCUUCAUCAAGAGUCUCCCUCCCACAACGCCCCUCACCCUGACCACCAUGAGCGCCAUCUCCAAGCCUCGCUACAGCAGCAUGCACGCCGGUGAUCUGAGCCCUGUGCGACGCCGCCUCGGCCUCAUCAACUACGUUCGUGACACCAAGGAAGAGAACGCGAGGCGCAAGUGGUAUAUGUUCCGUGCCGUCGGCAAGUUCUACGUGCAGGACAAGAGGCCGCAGACGCGGGUCCGGUAUCAGAAGAAGACGGAUAAGGUCGAUGGUUGGAUCUGGGAUGUCAUCAAGGAGCGCAUUGACAAUAGGGCGUUGAAGGCUGCGUCACCUUAUAAGGGGAAUGUCUCGAUUUGA